AUGAAUCGCUGCUGGUCAUCACGCCGAGAAGGUAAGGAACUUGAAGAAUUCCAGACCGUGACGAGGCUGGGGAAAGCGACCCGCCUACUGUCCUUGAAGAACACUGACUGCAAGAUCGUGGCGGCGAUGGGCAACUCAUUAAUGAAGCCAAUCAUUGCGAAGUCGGCGCACCACGCGCAGAAUGGCUUCCUCCCCAAUUGGCAAUUCAUCGAGCACGUGGUGAUGAUGGACGCCCAAGCCCGCAUCGUCGCCAUGACACCCAAAGAAUUGGAGAGAGACCCACUCAUGAUGAUGUUUGACUUCGGCAAUGCGUUCCCGUCGAUGUGCCGCAACUUCCUCUCUCAAGUGUGGCGGCUUCCCUCGCAGUACCUCAACAUGGUUGACGCGAUCUACAUGUUCCCGCUGGCCUGGACCAUCCUGAGCGGCACGAUGCAGGUAUCCUGCUGGCUCGCAUCUGGCAUCCUGCAGGGAUGCCCCUGGUCUGGGGCGCUCUUGGCGGCCGGCGUGGACCCCUAUCAUCAAGACCUCUUCCAUCGCACGCGCCACUUCAAGCAGCGGGUCAUUGCAGUCUGCGCUGACGACGUGGGCGCGGUCCUCCCCAUCCGUACAGACGAUUCGCCCACUGAGCGGUGUAUUCUAUGGUGCGGAGCACCUGGCGCACCUGGCCCUCAAGACGCUGAAGUGCAAGAUUGUACCGCUGGCGGAGGAGUUCUCCGCUGA